GUUGCGAGUAUGGAUUCGAUCUACAUCUAGUUGAAGCUAAUUUUAGGCAUCAGAUAUCUGACAGUCAAAUGGGAAAGAUGGAACUUUACCUCAUCGAGGAGGCCUUGCCACUGGCCGUGCUUGAAAGCGUUCCUGUGUCGUAUGUAGCCACCAAUCAACUCAUCGGCUCCGAGCCCACUUAG